AUCUGUUUUCCUAAAUGUUAAAAUUUCAUCUUUUACUAUUUUCUUACUAAGACCGAGAUUUUGAUUUAAAUUAUAAAAAUGUUUUUAAAAUGCUUAGUAAAAGCAACAAAUAUAUCUUUUCAAAAUUUUAGAACAAUAUCUUCGGCUACAGCUGCAAUUACAAAAAUUAAACGACCUCUAUAUUGCAGACAGUACCCAGUAGUAAUCGUAAAUUCAGAUGGAUCUUCAAUAAAUAUAAGGUAUUCCGAACCCCGAAAAAUUAUAAAGCUCCCAUUGAAUAUAAACACUUUGUCCGAAAGUGAAAGGAAAGCUAGAAUAGAAGCUAGGAAAGCUAAAAAGAAAGUUAUCAUCGAGGCAGAAAUGGAGAAUACUUUCGAUUCUAAGAAAUAUUUAAAAUUUUUGAAGAAAUAGAAAUAUUAGUAUAACUGGACUAAAAAUUAAUAAUGUAGAAUCUAGCACCUGUUACAGGGAAAUAAAAGAACUGAAUAUUUUUGAAAAAAAUUUAGUUUUACAAAUUUUCAUCUAGA